ACGGAAGUAGCUGACUUUUGGCGCAUGCGCAAACGUAUCUGUCAGCCCUUAUUAAAAACACACUGACGCUCGGACAAUUGAUGAUAGCAAGCUAGUGAUAGAGAGAAGAUUCUGAUGGCCUCCAGUGAUGGGGCGCCUUCCGCCCACAGCGAUGGCGCCAAGGACGCAGAUACGUGCACAUCAAACACGUCCGGCCAGGAAGGAAAAGGAGAACAGUCGCAGAAAAAAGCCUCUUCGAAGAGGAAGUCAAAUGAGCCUCGAAAGGUUAAAAGACAGAAAAGGGCGAAUUGUUUUCCCCACUACACCGUCCAGGAGGGUGAGGACAUGCUCUUCGUGAUAUCCAACAACACCUGUGCGUAUUUUGGCUCUGCCUGGGAAUCCGAGAACAAAAGCAAAAAGAGACAAAAGCCAAAAUGUCCUUUCAAAGACGAGACGUCUGAGUUUGUGCCAAAGGCCCCGAGUGACCACAGAUGGGGUCAAAGUCUUCCCGAGGAGGUGCUGAUCAAUAUUUUUAAGAUGGUGGUCGCCCAAGAUGGCGCCGUGCCAUUUCUGUGCAGGGCGGGGAGAGUCUGUCGCCUGUGGAACGUCGCUGCCUCCAGCCCGGGCCUGUGGAGAAAGGUCUCGGUCGGUCACUGCUGGAUCGCGCCGAGGGUCUCUCGGUCUCCGAAAACUGAGAACGCAAUCAAAAACACCAUCGACUGGCUGGCGCAGAACAGAUUCUCACAACUACGAGAGUUCUCCCUCCACCACUGGACGAUGAAUGUCGACUACGCAGUAGACGUGGUGUCCAAGUUCUGCCCGCACCUCGGCGCCCUCACACUCUCCCACUGCUCGGGCCUGACCAAGGAGGCCUUCCAGAGCCUCGGCCUGCACAGCCACUCCCUGCGGAGCUUAAACCUCCAGCACACAGAGUUUCAGGUCGAGGGUCUGCUGAGCUACCUGGAGAGCCACGGAGGUCAGAUCAGAGAGAUUUGGUUCACUCGCGGUCUGAAAUACGACCGACUGCUGCCUGCCAUCUCUAGGGGAUGCUGUCCUGGUCUGGAGCUGUUGGAGAUCAACACAAAGCUAGACAGCAAAGAUGGCGAGCUUCCCAUUUGCAUCCAGGCGCUACAGGCGGCAUGCCCCGACCUUAAGAUUUUCCGGAUGCUGAACAUCCGACCUCUGCACAAGACCAUGCGUACCAGCGCCGAAGUCUCAUUGGGCUUCCCUUUACUGGAGGAGCUCUGUAUCGCCACCACGUCGUACUCCUACUUGAACGACAAAGACUUGUGGGAAAUUCUGUUUGGCUCCCCACGGCUUCGGGUGCUGGAUCUGCGGGGCUGCUGGCGAAUCACCCCGGCCGGUCUUGCUGCGUUACCCUGCGACGAGCUGGAGUGUCUGUUCUGGGGACAAUAUUUCAGCAGCCACGCUGGCUCGUCCUUGCUGAAGAAAGGUCUCCACAUGGUAACGCAGAAGUGGAACCAGACGCUGCAAGAGCUAGACGUCGCCAAUCAGCUGUUCUCGAAGGAGGACCUGGAAGCUGCCAUGUGCCACCUUGCUCAGGCCACCGAUGCCAGCACUCUGCGUUCGCUCAACCUGAGCGGGACCAGGAUCUCGCCAGCUGCCAUCAGACUGCUCAUCGACCAAACGACGGCACUCAAAUACCUCAAUCUGUCUUCCUGCCGAUAUCUUCCAAGAGGGUUGAAGAGAAUAUACCGUACACAAGAGGACAUUCGACAGUUGCUUGACAAGUUGGAGUAGAGUUAAAAAAGUGAUGAAAGAAUAGUUCCAGGUUAAAUUGUUUGUAUUGCUAUUGGAAAGUUCAAAUAAAUGUCUAACGUUCUCUA